AUGUCUGGAAACAGUUCUUAUGAGACAUCAUGGGCUGAUCAAUGGGACUACAACCCAGAUCCUGCUGGGUAUCAUAACAAGGACAGCAGCAGCAAUGAUUCGACUGCCAAAUACAAGCAGAAGCUUGGAGAAGGAGUCGGAAAGACGAAACAGGUUGCUUCGACUGGGUUCAAGAAGGUGAAAGAAGGGACCUCUGUUGGCUUCAAUUGGAUCAAAGACAAGUAUCAGAAGACUACCCAGAAAAAUUAG